CUAAAGCGAAAUUUUCAAAGAAUUAUUCUUUUGGGGCUUCCAUUGCGUUGCCCUACCUCAAAAGAAAACAGCCAUAGAGAAAAAAAAAAAAAAAAAAAAAAAGAAAGAAAGAAGAUUUAUCAUCUUCCAAUCUUUUCUGUGUCUACAACUAGGUAUGGUUAUAGUUUAUCAGUUUAAGCCAUUCCUUUCAUAUCUUUUUCUAAUUUCCCUUUUCAUACUUGUUUCAUCAUGUGCAUUGUUUGUUAAAUUUUAGCUGAAGAGGGAUUGCUCAUUUGUGAGUGAUUAUUGUCCUUUUGUCGCCAUUGAUUGUUCUUUCUUUCUUCAUUUCCUUGCUUCUUUUUUGGUUUCCUGAUCUGGGUUGAUGAUUCCUCCUUUUUGGUCUUGUUGAGAAAUCGGUAAUUUGCUUGUAAGAGUGAGAAAGAGGUGAGCUUUGUUGUUGCAGCAGAAGGUAGCUUUUCUAUCUUAGGGUCUUUUUAUUUUUGGAUUUGAUUUUGAGUAUUCCAAAAUGCCCAUGUAUUUGCCUAAUAGUUAUGGGAGAGAAGGAAACUUUAAGCUAGAUGUUGUGGCUAGUGGUGGGCAAGUGCUAGAUCUAGAAACCGCCGUUAAAGAUGGCAUUUUAGGUGGUAGUGGUGGUGGUGGGUUGAUUUCCACAGCCGGCGCCGAGAAAUUGGAUCUUAAGGUGAUGAUUGAAGAGCUUGAAUCGGUAGAAGUGCCGUCCGUGUUUAUAUGUCCGAUCUCAUUGUACCCAAUGCAAGACCCAGUCACGCUCUGCACUGGCCAGACAUAUGAGAGAUCCAACAUCCUUAAAUGGUUCUCCCUUGGCCACUAUACUUGCCCUACGACAAUGCAAGAGCUCUGGGACGAUACGGUAACGCCAAACAGGACUCUCCAGCAGCUGAUUUAUAGCUGGUUCUCCCAGAAGUAUUUGGCUAUGAAGAAGAGAUCCGAGGACGUGCAAGGGAGGGCCAUUGAGCUCUUGGAAUCUCUAAAAAAGGUUAAGGGUCAGGCUAGAGUUCAAGCUCUAAAAGAGCUUAGGCACGUUGUCACUGCUCAUGCCACGGCGAAGAAGACAGUGCUAGACAACGGGGGAGUUGCCUUGGUUUCCAACUUAUUGGGUCCUUUCACCACUCAUGCUGUGGGGUCGGAGGCAAUUGGUAUUCUUGUGAAUCUGGAUCUUGAUUUCGCAUCCAAAUCAAAUUUGAUGCAACCUGCAAAAGUUUCUUUAAUGGUAGAUAUACUAAAUGAAGGUUCGAUUGAGACCAAGAUUAAUUGUACGAGAUUGAUUGAAAUGUUGAUAGAAGGAAAAGAUUUCGAGUCAGAGAAUAUGUCAAGCUUGAGUCUUGUGGUUGGGUUGUUGAGGUUAGUGAAAGAUAAGAGACACACAAAUGGGGUAUUGGCUGGACUUGGUUUGUUAAAGACUCUUUGUUCACAUGAACCCCUUAGAAACUCAAUUGUGAGCGUGGGGGCAGUUCCUCAAUUAGUGGAGCUAUUGCCCAGUUUGAAUAAUGAAUGUCUGGAGUUAGCACUUCAUAUUCUGGAGGUUCUAUCGACAAUUCCAGAGGGAAGCAAUGCUUUAAAGGAUUGCAGUUGCACAAUACCGAAUGUGGUGAAGUUGUUGAUGAAAGUUUCAGAGAGUUGUACUCAGCUUGCUUUAUCGAUAUUGUGGGCAGUCUGCAAGCUUGCACCAGAAGAAUGCUCUGCACUUGCUGUGGAAGCUGGUUUGGCAGCGAAGCUGCUUCUGGUAAUACAGAGUGGUUGUAAUCCAGUGCUGAAGCAGAGAUCAGCCGAGCUCUUGAAAUUGUGUAGUCUAAAUUACUCAUCUUCUAUCUUCAUUUCCAAGUGUAAGCUUACUAGAACAAUACAAUGAAGAAGAAUGCCAGCUUUGUUGAUAUAUGCCAUGUCUUUUUUUUUUUUUCCUGUUGUCCAAAGAGACAAAGGGACUGGAGCUUAUGGGACGGAAUCAAUUGGGGUUUCUAAGGUACCCCUUUUCUGUUCCUUCGUGUAUAUGAAAGAUCUUUUGGUGCA